CCCAUUGAUCGCUGCGGGCGGCGGGCGAUUCCUUGGCGGCAGCGGCGGCGCGGCCUGCUCCGAGGAGGCCCUUCGCUCCGCCCGCGCCUCGGCGCCUGCCCGCCCACGGGCUCCGCUCUCCCCGCGGGACGCCCGCCGCUCCCUGCCCGAGCCCGCCCGGCCCGAGCUCCGGCCUCCCGCCGCCAUGAAGCUCGUCAGGUUCCUAAUGAAGCUGAGCCAUGAGACUGUGACCAUUGAACUGAAGAAUGGGACGCAGGUGCAUGGAACUAUCACAGGAGUGGACGUGAGUAUGAACACGCAUCUCAAAGCAGUGAAAAUGACACUGAAGAACAGAGAACCUGUACAGCUGGAGACACUGAGCAUUCGAGGGAAUAACAUCCGAUACUUCAUUCUGCCAGACAGUUUGCCUCUGGAUACUUUGCUAGUGGAUGUUGAACCAAAAGUCAAGUCCAAGAAAAGAGAAGCAGUUGCUGGAAGAGGCCGUGGCAGAGGCCGUGGGAGAGGCCGAGGUCGUGGCAGAGGAAGAGGGGGCCCCAGACGGUAACUGCUCCCCGCAGCAGCGCUGCCCCGUGCUGGGCAGCUUCGGAUGGGUUUUGUACAGGUCUUGUUUAUGGUAUCCAUUUUUAAUAAACGGAGAUGUCAAACA